AGAGUUCAUCUGGCUGCGAUAGGGAAUGUGUUUAUAUGUCGUAUCUAAGCAGCAUCAUACAGUAGCUCACAACUCUCAGUACUUGACAGUCUGUCAGCAUCUAUAUUCCUACAACUACGGUACUUCCUCAAUUCCUAACAAUGAAGGCAACUCUGCUCGUUGUGCUGGUGUAUGCGUGUGUAGCGGCUGUCAUGUCUUUUCCACAACCGGAGGAAAAGAAGGACGAAGGUGGUUGGGCGGUGAGGACAGACACUACGAGGAACGGCGGCACUGUGGUGCGGGUUGACAGUAACAAGAAAUGGGACGUCACAGACGACGGUAGGGUACAAGCGGAGGUUCACAGCCACUGGGAGAGGACUUACGGAGGCCCCAACGAUGGCCAGAGAAACCGCGGCGUGUGGGUGGCAGCAUUGGAGGCUCCUGGGGGAAAUGAUUUUAUCUCAGGUCUUAAGAAGGAUCAUUAAGCGCAGCCAAAACAUUUUUCUUUUUUGUAUUAUGUAAAUAUUUCCUGCAUAAACAAUUGUGUAUCUAAUGUACAGUGUAAAUAAAAUUAAUUAUAUGAAAA